AUGACAAAUUUUGGAGCAACUUCGAACAAUGUGGUGCAUAUCCCAGUUGAAGACAGUAUUAAAGGGGAAAACAGCGAAACAAACGUUGCAACACCAACAUCAAGUCGUGAGUCAGACUCAAAUGGCACCACAAACGGAAGCGAAAGCGAGACAUACGUUAGUGCAGAGUCAGAAAUGGAGAGUGUAGCAUAUAGAGAACUUUGUCAGCAUAGGGAAGAAGCCAAACAAUUAAAGGAAAUUUCGGGAAGUAAACUUCAGGAAGGUGAUGAAGUUAUUGCGAUUCCAGAGGAGUGGACCAACCGGUUUUACAAUGAGGAAUUCGACAUCUCAGAUGAUGAUAUAAAGUCGGAAAUUGGACCUUUAUCAUCGAGUAAAAUCCUGGACUCAAGCAGGCUGAAUUUAACGGAAGGAUUUCAGUUUGUUCCAAAGGAAUUAUUCGAGAAACUACGGUCCUGGUACGGGUGGAAGGAUGGCGACCAAGUGGUAGAAAGAAGAGUUUUUUACGAUCGAAGUAAGGGGCGUUUGGAUGUGGAUGCUUGGCCUCUAUGCAUUAUACCACAUAUUUUGACCGGUGAUGCAGCUGGUAUCAACCGAUACAAACUUGUUAGUGCAAAGCCGUUUCUUAUUUCAUCUCGCAGCUCUUCGAAACACCUCAAGAUUAUGGUGGAGAAGAGUUUUGGCCUUUUGAAGCACAGAAACAGACAUUCUUUAAGCAGUUCAACAAAUACAGAGUCGGAAGGAGAGAAUGAUGACGCCAGAAGCGAUGCUGCAAAGCACAUAAAAAGCCGAAUCUGGCACAUCAAGAUCAAAAGUGGAAGCAGAAUUCCUCCGGUGCUAUCUCCAGGAUUUUUGAACCUGAUAACAGAGCAGCAGGUGAUUCGAACAGGUAAGAAAUAUGGAGGUAAGUCUCUCGAGGAGUGUCACAUGAGUUCCGGUCACGUGCUUCUAGAAAUCAAGCGUGCUGACGGAUCUUAUUUAAUGGACACAAAUGCAAGUGUGAGAGUCGGGGAUGGAAAGGUUGGAUUGGUGAAUCUUGGAAAUACGUGCUACAUGAAUUCGGCAUUGCAGUGCAUAGCUCAUGUUCCAGAGUUAACAUAUUACUUUCUUUAUGGCUUUUACAAGAAGGAAAUCAAUCGGGAAAAUCCACUCGGCAAGAAGGGGAAGCUGGCAGAAGCUUAUGCGUCUCUUAUCCGGCAUCUUUUUGAUAAGAGGAUGCUAAAUAAUCAGGGAUCCGGAUACAGAGAGUCAUUUUCGCCGAGAGAUUUCAGAUAUACGAUCGGUGUGUUUAAUUCGAUGUUUUCCGACUAUAGGCAGCAGGACUCUCAGGAAUUCCUCACCUUUCUUCUUGACGGAUUGCACGAAGAUUUGAAUCGUGUGCUCAAGAAACCAUAUAUUGAGAAGCCAGAACUUCCAGAGGGUAAAUUUGAGAAUAAAGAGGAGGUGUGCAAACUUGCGGAUGAUUGUUGGAUUGCACAUAAGAGAAGAAACGAUUCCGUAAUUAUAGAUCUGUUUGUUGGUCAGUACAAAUCAACGUUGAUUUGCCCGGAAUGCCAACAUGUCAGCCUCACUUUUGAUCCGUACAAUGAUCUGACAUUGCCGUUACCAAUUACUCGGAAGUGGACGCACAAGUUAAAGAUUUUACCAGAAACAGGCACCCCAUACUUGCUUGAAGUAGAACUCCCCCGUUCCGCUACAUUCUACGAUCUAAAGGCUUAUGUUUCGAAGAUGACUACUUUCCCAAUGAAUGAACUAAUUUGCAUUGAAGUGUUCCAGUCACAGGUGUACAAAAACUACGAGGACGAGGAUGCAGACACGCAGUACUUGCCAAUUUACGAGUUAAUCAAUCCGGAGGACGACAUCUGGUUUUAUCAUAUUAAGAAUGGUCCCGGUGAUGCAGUUGUUCCAGUUUUUUCAACAAUAGGGCCAUCUGUGGAAGCUGCAAGCACAGGAAAAGCAAAGGCGUUUGGAAUACCAUUUUUCAUCACUUUGACCGAGGAAGAGAGAAACUCAUAUGGGGCUAUUCGCUUAAAGCUUGAAGAACGGUACUCGCAGCUAUCAACGGCUUCCUAUUUCAAGGAUAUGAGGAAAAACUCAAAGCCACAGUAUGAAGUAGGAGAUUUUCCAAAUCUCAGUGAUGACUUCAAGGCACAAUUGUUCGGAUUAGACAGCGAAAACUUGACACGUGUGGUUUCCAAAGCCAAUCCUGAGAUACCUGGGGAUUUUGGAUUCUCGAUCAAGCUUUUGAAAGGCCGUAAAGUGAGUGCAAGAAGAAGUUUUGGUGCAGGUUUGGGGCACCACUUUUCAUACAGGCCGUUUAAUUUCAACACGAGCUUUGGCAAUACAAGUACGGAAUCUGCAGUUGGUGACGACGAGGAAAAUCUGUGGAUUCCACAGACAGAUGGGAACUUUGACGGUCUCAAAGAUCUUCUUGAUCAGUUGGACCCUAUUCAGAAGGAGUUUUACGAGUAUGGCGAUCACCAGAAAGAGACAGACGAGCAAAGCAAUGAGGAUGUUGAUAUGAAGGAGGGAGAUGAAGAAAGUGGUAGUAACAUAGAUCGAUCACCAGACAUGGAUACAAACGUUGGACGAUGCUUGCUCUCACCAUCUAACGAACUGCAAAUGCAGACUGAAGGAAGAGAAUUGUCGAAAGCGUCUUCAACAACAUCGAUUUUGCAGCCGGUGUCUGCCAGCUCUGAAUCAUCAACUGAGCAAAGAAGAGAUGAGGAAGAUUCGUCAUCUACAGCGCCUCAAUCAUCGUCAUCGGUACCAAAUUCGUCCUCUUCUAGUUCAUCAUCAGCUUCAUCAAUAGACGAUGAGCCAAUAGUCGGCAAUAAGACCGCAUUGGUUUGCCAGUGGGACCCGGAAAUAUUCGAUAUGUUCUUUACUGGAUUAUCUGAUGCUGAAGUUGGUGGUGGCAAAGAAACUUGGACAGAUCCUCGUGAAAUUCCAAAUGAGGAGUUGAAGAAAAGCAGGGAGGAGGAAGAGGAACGCAAAAAGAAGACAAUCACUCUUGAUGACUGCUUGCAGCUCUUUUCAAGACCGGAGAUUUUGGGCGAAAACGAUCUUUGGUAUUGUCCACAUUGCCAGAAACACCAGCAGGCAACGAAGAAGAUCGAGAUAUGGUCUGUUCCGGAUGUUCUUGCGAUUCAUUUGAAGCGGUUUGAGUCAAGUCGAAGCUUUAGCGAUAAAAUCGACGCGACUGUCGAGUUUCCCAUCGAGGGUUUGGACAUGUCGAAGUAUGUGGCGAGUGAAAAAACGCACCAGGCUAUGGUUUACGAUCUUUGUGCCGUUGACAAUCACUUUGGUGGAAUAGGUGGUGGACACUAUACAGCGUACGUGAGGAAUUUUGUUGAUGGUGAAUGGUACUACUAUGAUGAUUCACGGGUUUCUCCGGCAGACCCACUUGAUGCGAUUAGGGGCAGUGCCUAUCUUUUAUUUUACAGGAGAAGGUCAUCGGAAGCCUUGGGUGGCGAUUUUUUGAAGCAGAUGUAUGCGGAGAUUCUGAAAGAGAGAGAAGAGCAAAAGAAAGCUGCCGAGAAGAUUAUUCAAGAAGAAGAAGCCGGCGAUGUGGUGGAGGAGCGGGAAAAUGACACAGGGAAGGUAAAAGCGCAGAAUGAGGACGGAGUUGAGUCAGUUGAAAUGGCCGAUGGCAGAAAGUCCGACGAUUCGUUACCGAAAAGAAGACGCAAGAUGAACGCAGCAACGAUUGGCUCAAUUACAAUGGCAAGAACAGGUACUGGAGAAUCUCCCAUGAGUGAUAAAGAGGACGCGAUGUCUACAGUCAGUUCUAUGGCCAAUGCACCAAACGGAGACGAAAUACUAUCUGAUGCAUUGUAG